AAUGACUAAAUAUAUACUCUUUAAUCAUUGGUCAGACGUCAAUAAUUACCAAUUACUAAUAAUUGCAAUUACCAUUCUAGUUGAUUGGGGUCUGCUGAUGACUAUUUAAAUAGUUUAUAAAUACAUAUACUUACGUCGCUUUGUGUAAAAUCACCGGUAAUAAACGGUGGCAGCCAUAAUAUAAAAGAAGAAGAAUUCUUAAGUCAGUUUAACAGUUGUACUCGAAGAGCAUUACAAUACUGCUUUGGUGAAUACAGAAAGUUGCCGGUUAUAAUUAUUUCUACUAAAAUAAAUGUAAUUAAGAUCCAUCAACAUGAUUAUAUUGACUGGAAACAGUCUAAACGAGAGACAUCGGGAACUGAACACUAAAGUGAAUCAAGCAGUAACAAAUGGUGUGUCGUUUGAUAAAGUCAAAUUACAAAAUGAGAAGACUGACAUUGACAGACUGUUUAAAAUAGACUUGGCAAACAAGAAAAAAAAGAUAGACUACAUUAUCGAGACCCUCAAGUGCGGAGACAGCGUGUAUAUCACCAGAACAUUAAAAUGUCAAUGGCUUUAUCACAAAGAGUUUGCCCACAUUGUCAAUCCAGAUUACCUGGAACAACAUGUUUUCCCAGAAAUGUCAUUGAAGAUGAGAAGGAAAUUUUUAAAGUUCAUAUCUCAGCAUGUGACCAAUAGUAAGCGAGCAUCUCGGUUUUGCUCUUACUGUAUAGCAAUGAAAUUACCGGAAAUAGCUCUCAAGUUUCUUCGGCAUGCUCCAGAAUCAAAGAAAGUAGAGGUGAUUAAAGGCCAUCAUAUAUUUAUCCCUGUCAAGGAUAUGGUAAAUAUUGUUGGUGAUUCAUUCAUUGUAGCUAGAACUAUGUUAGAUGAAGUAAACAGAAACGAAGUUUGUAAUUUACUAAGAAGGUUGAGCUACCUGUACUCUAUCUCAAAUGGAAAAUAUCUAACUCUUGUUGAGAAAUCUAUGUUUAAAUAUAAUUUAUCUUGGUCAUGUAGUGAAAGGUUUGGAUUGCGACUUUCUAAAAAUAUAAUGAAAAACCACAAAAACAGGCUGUUUAAACAUAUAGCAUUAUACCUAAGCAUGCUUAAUAGAAACAUGUUAGUAAAAUACAGCACAGCAGAUGAUGUAACAAAAUAUGCUUAUGAUUAUACAUUCUGGCACUUUUAUAGGACAUAUGGCUUUAUACUAGAGGCAAUUCCGUUACAAACGAGGCUACAAUACAUAAAAAAGUUUCUCCUUAAAGGCUAUCCGGAAAAAGAAUUUGAAAUGAGUAUGGAUUUUUAUUACGCUGAUUUGUACAAAUUAAUGACAAAUGCAGAGAGAGAAGCUUGGGCUCUGGAACAUAUUAAGUCUGGUCUUGAGCAUUUCGGUCAUGGUCAAGAUUUUAAAUGGUACGAGUUUAUAUCGUUUCACGAAGCAUUUGAGCCUCUCAAAAAAUACAUAUUAGUUGCAGCUGAUGCUGACGUCAGGAUCGAUAUUGUCAAUGUGCUAGUCUGCAGCGCACAGUCAGACCGCGAAUUAGAAACGUUGUUUAAUUAUUACUAUCAGAGAUUCGUCAACGAAAUGAUACGUAAUAAAGAAAAGUUUAUUGACAAAGUUUUGAGUACUCAUAGCUACCAUAAAUUCGAUGAGAAUUGUUGGCAAGCAUUCAAUAAAAUUUUACACAGCAUGGAUGUUUACGACAAUAAGAAUACCUAUAGCUGCAGAGCGGAAUAUAAAUUAGUCGCGAUAGUUUAUGCUAUCAUCCACAAAAAAGAACUACAUAACGCUCUUAGGCAGCAUAUUGAUGGAGGAUUAAAUUUAAACUUAUUAAAGCAGCACACUGACAAGUUGCCUACAGAAAAUGUUGAGAUUGUCUAUAAUUACAUGGGUAAUUACUAUUUACAGAAAAUAGAUGAGUUCAAUAUUGAGAACUAUGAUGAAAACGCUAAAUGCGGUGUUAGAAAAUAUGUACACAGUCUAUUGGAACUAAUGUUUCAGUACGAUAAGCCUAAAACAGAGAUUCCAGAUAUAGUUAUGAAAUUUGUCGCACUAGACCGCGAGGAAUACAAGUAUAACGGUUUAUUAAAGGAAGAAGAAAUUCCCCUCACACAAGUUGUCCUGAUGAAAGAUUUAAAAAAUGAUGCUUCUGUAGUAGUAUCCAAAAUUACAUUACUCAACAAAAAACUCGAAAAUAGAACAAGAUUCAGUCUUACCUAUCUGCUCAGAAAGUUAAAGAUUUACUUUUCUACUGAUAUAGCACUAAAUUUUGUAGAAUUGUUUAAUAAAAUACUAUCUUCAGAUGAAUUAUCUGAAGAAACUUAUGAAGCUGCUGUUUACGGAUUAUUCAAUCUAGCAGAGUAUGCAGAUAGAAUUGGUUUGGUUACCAAGUAUGUACCAACUGAAUCAAAAAUAGACCAUGUUGAGAUUGAACGGAAAACAUUAUACAUCAGGAAAGCUAUAUGUAAAUUUGUAUGUUUGUCACGGCCUAUCGUUCCUUUAUCAGAAACACAGAAGUAUAUAGUUGGUGAUUAUUUAAAGUUCAUGUUUACCAAUGUUUCAAUCAUAUGCAGCUAAUUUGCAACCAGCUGUGUUAAAGGAAUUUAUCAAGUUCUCACUAAACUCGCCAGCGUCCAUACAAAAACACAGUAUACGCUUGGCGUUCGAGUGUUUCAGUAUUCAUGAUUUAAAAAUAAAAUUGCCAAGUAUUUGGAAGAAAACAAAAAAUGUAUCGUUGAGGUUGGUCAUAUACAAGGAAAUCUACCAAAAAAUUGUAAAUGGCUCGCAAGAACUAUAUGAAACUCUCAAAGCUUUCACCCUGGCUGCGCGUGAAGACGACGAUGACGAACUGUUCACAGAAAUGAUCAAAACGCAGCUUCCAGGUCAUCUCUUAGGCGAUUAUAUUUUAUGUACAUGGAAAGUGUUGAAUAAAUUACCUGAUAAAAAGAUCAUGAUCACGCGCAAGACUGCCGUACUGAGGAACAUGGUAGAUCAUCUUGAAUUAAUACAGGAAGAUGCGGUUGAAUCAAUUGUAUGCGAGCAUAUUACAAUCAUGUUAAAAGAGGGACAAAUGAAAGUGGAAGAGGAAAUACACAUGAAAGAAUUCUUCAACGCUAAAUGGAAUCUGACUGCAAGAUAUCUCAUGUAUCUACCGAGCCAGGAAGUUUUGAAACGUAAAUUGGAGAUUGUAGAAACUUUAGUUAAAGAAACGAUAAAGUCGUGGGAGUCUGAAAAGGUAAAUAAGUCUAUCUUUCGACGAUUUUUGCUUGGUUUUGUUCAGUUUCUUGGGAGUAAAAUAUGUUACCACGACUCAACCUACUGCUCACAUGGAAUCGCGUUACUAAAACAAAUAAUAAAAGAUUUACUAGAAGCUGUGCCGCUAGUAGAGAUAUAUGACACAAUUUGGUAUUUACGGUUGAGUAUUAUUGUCGCAAAUACUAUAGUUGAUGGACGACGUUCCUUGGAUGGACUACGCCAUUUUAAUAAAUAUGUGAAAUUCGAGGAGUACAUUGAUAACUUUGCUAAAGAAUUUGCAAAAUUAUUUAAUGAAUUUGUAGAGGAAAAUAAGUGUUACACAUUAUCAUUUAGGACAAUCGCCGACUUUUUAGAAAAAUUUUCCAGUAGUUUAAGAUAUAAUUGGCCCGUGCAAGUUUUAUCCAAUGACGACCAAGUAUUUACUGCAAUAUGCUCCAGACUGGUUGAAAUAGAAAAAUAUGAAACUUAUAGAUUCGCUGUAGAACUAAUGCCGAUAGGAGCAAGAGAUCCGCGUAAACACUACGAGGUAAUAGAUAAAAUAAAAUCCUUCGACAACAAAAACAUCAGAUACUAUUGCUACAAGAAGUUUAUAAUUGAUUAUGUUACAAUAGUAUAUUGAUGAAAUUGCGAAAUAGGGGUUCAACAGCCAAAUGAAAAUGAAAUUUAUACUGUAGUUACUAUAAACAUAUUGGUUAUACCACAGACCUCCAAGUUCGCCGUUGUUAGCCGGCUAACAUGGCGUUUGCGCGAAACACGAGAAAUUCGACCUUAUUGACAUGAUAUAUUAUGAUGCUAUAUGAAUGUUUAUUUUAUUUCUUAUUUAAAAAUUGAUUAAUUUUGUAUACUGUUUUAAUUGAUAAUAUCAUUCAUUAAAAUUGUCUUCUAUUUUA